AGGCGCCGCUCGCCGCUCGCAGAGCGUUCCGCGAGCUGCGGGCCGGGCCCCGGCGGAGCGACGCUCCUCCGGUGCGCGUCGCGCCUCUCCGCCGCCGCCGCUGCCUCUCGGUCGCCAAGGCUCGGGCCGUUGAGGGCGAGUUAACAAGUUACGACCUCGGCCAAAGCCGGACGAGCCCACGCGGGAUCUCGCCUCCACACCCCCGGCCCGUGGGGACCGCGAUGCAGCGAAAGCUCUACGAGGUCUGAGCCUCGCGGCUCCCCGUACCUGACCCCGGCGUGGACGCGUUCCCGCGCUCGCCGGCGUGAGGGGUCCGCGCGUGCGCGCCCGCGCAGGCGCACGGAGCCGAGACCGCGCCGCCAUGGGCGAGGCUGGCGGCGCUGAGGAGCCGCGCCGGCUCGUGGGGGCGAAGGAAGAGUUUGUCAGGGUGAGGAAGAAGGACCUGGAGCGCCUGACCACCGAGGUGAUGCAGAUUCGGGACUUCCUGCCCCGGAUACUCAACGGGGACGUGCUGGAGAGCUUCCAGAAGCUGAAGAUGCUGGAAAAAAACCUGGAAAGGAAAGAGCAAGAAUUGGAGCAACUGCGCAUGGAUUGUGAGCACUUCAAAGCCCGCCUGGAGUCUGUGCAAGCGGACAGCGUGCGAGAGAAGAAGGAGAAGCUGGCUCUUCGACAGCAGUUGAAUGAAGCAAAGCAGCAGCUCCUGCAGCAGGCAGAGUAUUGCACAGAAAUGGGGGCAGCAGCCUGUACCAUUUUGUGGGGCGUCUCCAGCAGCGAGGAAGUGGUCAAAGCCAUCCUGGGAGGCGAUAAAGCUGUGAAGUUUUUCAGCAUCACUGGUCAGACAAUGGAGAGUUUUGUGAAGUCACUGGAUGGGGAUGCCAAGGAGCUGGACUCGGAUGAAAAUCAGUUUGUUUUCGCUUUGGCCGGAAUCGUCACGAAUGUUGCUGCCAUAGCUUGUGGCCGUGAGUUCCUGGUCACCUCCAGUCGGGUGCUCCUGGACACCAUACUGCAGCUUCUGGGGGACCUGAAGCCAGGACAGUGUACCCGCCUCAAAGUGUUAAUGCUGAUGGCCCUGUACAACGUGAGCAUCAACCUGAACGGCCUGAAGUACAUCAGCGAGAGCCCAGGCUUCAUCCCGCUGCUGUGGUGGCUUUUGAGCGUCUGUGACACACGCGGAAUCAUCCGGGAAGACCUCCAGCCAGUGCGGUGCCCUCCCUCCUCUGGGAGCAGCGCAGGGCCUCGCGUGCCGUCCGAGGCUCAGGACGCGGGUCCAGGGAAGCCCCGUCGAUCCGGAUGCAGAGGUGUGUCUUCAUGUUCUGAGACUCGUCCAGUCUGUGGUUCUGGAGCCAGAAGUCUUCUCCAAGUCAGCCUCGGAGCUGCGCAGCUCGCUGCCCCUGCAGCGUAUCCUGGCCAUGUCCAAGAGCCGCAACCCCCGCCUGCAGAGCGUGGCCCACGAGCUCCUGGAGGACCUCCGUGCUCUGGAGCGCGACGCCUAGGGCGCUCGGGGGCCCGUCUUCUCCCAGGCCCCCGCUCUGUGUUCGGAACCACCAGCCAGUGCCGUGUGUCCCAGAUGGCACGGUGGGGGUGACUAGAGGUGGGUGCGGAUGGAUACGUGUCUGUGCAGCUUCCUGCUGGAGGGGGCUUGGUCACUUUGCCCCAGGGGAGCCUGAGAAGGGGUCCCGUCUGCGAAGGCCCAGGUCAGCCCCCCCCCCAAGGAGGCCUGCCCAGCUCGCCUUCUGCUGCUCAGGGACCUCAGACGGCCGCUCCUCCUUCAACGCCACCCACCCUCCUGGUCAGCAGGUUCCUGAGAUACCUUUUCUUGGAAAGCAAUUCAUUCUUUCUCUAAUAACCAUAAUUAAUCUCCCCCAAUCCAAGUUGACUUUUAAACCUUUGGCAAACCUGCUAUUUCAAUGACUGGACAUUUGAAUUCUAUGUUUUGGUGCUUCUUUUUUGAAUAAAGAAUGUCAGAAGGGC